GGUUAUGACGUUUACGCCGUGAUGGGGGAAUACCGGUGAGCCAGCGCAGUCUACCCAGCGCAGCGCUCCCAUCCUCCGGGCCGUCUCGCAAAAACCAAACCACUUAUUUACCCAGCGACAAACAAAAACACUCCAUCAAGAAAAAUAAAAAAAUGCUGGACGCUAUCCUCACAAUAUCCGGCCUAACCAUCCUCUACUCCACCGCAUUAAACUCCUGGAGCACGAGCCUAAAUCUUCUCUUCUUUUACAUAACGUGGUCGACCCUUCUCCUAGCGCACUCACCGCUGCGCAUAGAGCUGUUUGGAACGCUGAUCUCGCGACUGAUAUUCUUCUGGCUGCCGACCUUAUUCUUUUACCUCAUCGACACUGGGCUUCCUAGCAUCACCUCGGGAUGGAAGACCCACCCCGGCACGAGCGCGCGAUUUGAUUGGCGUGCUGGGAAGGUGUUCACGGUAGCGAUGGGGAACAUGUUGCUCGGUGUGGGGAUUCAGGGGGUUGUGGAGUGGACGCUCGUUGAGGUUGUGGGGUGGAAGAGCGCCGUCAGGGUCUCAAGCGGUAUACCGCUCCCGGGCGGGAUAGCGUGGGAUUUGGUGAGGGGGUUGGCUUUGAGGGAGGUUUGUCACGCCCCUCGCGAACAUGUGUGAGGGAACUGUGUUGAUGGAGAAUAGAUUUUGCAAUAUUACCUGCACUGUUACGUCCUCCACUCUGCAUCCGGCAUGCACGUACGGUGGCAGCAUGCGGGCCCAACUCCACCCCCUCUCUGGCCCGCAAUGGCUCACUACGACCAUCCACUGCCUUACCUUUUAAACCGCUUCGUACCGGUAUACGCCCCUGCCGCGUUCUUUCGCUUCCACGCCCUGACAUACUUUGCGUUUAUAACACUCGUGUCGCUGGAGGAGGCGUUCACUCACAGUGGGUAUGAGAAGCUAUUCUUUUCCGGGCUGUUGAGUGGUGCGGCGAAGAGAACUGCGGAGCAUUUUGCCUCUGGCGGAAGCGGAGGUUAUUCCACGUGGUGGGUGCUGGAUUGGAUUCAUGGGACGACGGUUAGCGCGCGGGGUGGGAAGAAGGGUAGGAAGCAAGUGUCGGAGGGAGUGACGGAGAAGACGUGAGGUGGCGUUUGGAGUUUUUGGAUGCUGUCUUUGGAUACCAAUGCGUUAGUCUAGAGUCUUUUAUUGUGCUGUUUAUGGAUGAAAUAUCUUUUGCUUUAUCGGUACCGGGUGAACUUGUGCCAUGAAUUUUGUACGCGACAUACUCCAUAGAUAAUUUGAUGCUAUAUUUCCCUCGCGGAAAGGUUAACCUAAGUA